AUGCAUUUCCCAACCCUCCUCACAAACCUCUUCCUCGCGGCAACCCUCGCAGCCGCCGCCGAACUCCAGAUCGACGUCACGAACAAAGUCGAGUGCAACCGCAAGACCACAAACGGCGACACCGUCAAGAUGCACUACAGAGGCACCCUGGCCGAGAGCGGGAAACAAUUCGAUGCAUCGUACGAUCGCGGUACGCCGUUGUCCUUCAAAUUGGGCGCUGGCCGUGUUAUUAAAGGAUGGGACCAGGGAUUGUUAGAUAUGUGUGUUGGCGAGAAGCGAACAUUGACGAUUCCGCCUGAACUUGGAUACGGCGACAGAGCUAUGGGACCGAUUCCCAAGGGCUCGACGCUGGUUUUCGAGACGGAGUUGAUGGAGAUUGUUGGCGUGCCCAAGGAUGAGCUUUAA